AUGGAUAUCUACGGUGAAGACGGGGACGACGAUGUUGAUUUCGCGCUCAAUCUCGCCUAUCCCGACGAAGAGGCACCGCCACCGCUCCUCCCCCUUCCUCCAGCUACGAUUGAUAUUGACUCGACCAUCAAUACUGACGCGGCUUCGUCCUGCAACAAGGAGACACUGAUGGCGUUCGAGGAUCCAGGAGAAGAGACAGAGAACGGCGAGGACUGGGGCGAGGGCGAGGAGGAUUUGUUGAUGUAUCUUGCAUACCCCGACGAAGGCUCACCUAGUGCUAGUGCGAACGCCAUAUCUCUGCGGGACUCCCCUUCAAGGCCGCCUCCCUCGUCAUCCGCUUCCAUCUCCGGCCCCGCCAGUGCCAGCCCCUCGAAGCGGAAGCGCAAACGCAAUGGGUGGAUCAGGCGCAAACGCAGCACAGGACAGCGCGGGAAGAGUUCUCGAGCGCCACCAGCACCGGUGUCUGCGACAGAGAAUAUGACAUACGAGGAGUGGUGUCGGUCGGUGCUCUCGAGCGUGACAGGCUCCCGGAGGCGAUGUGGUAGCAGCCACGUUAGCGGCGUACGUGCUGACUCCGUUGGUACCGCGAGUACCAGUUGUGACGGCGAGAUUGCAAAUUCAAAGGAGCCAGAGGGUGUGGGACGACACGGGCCCGAUUGGGAGGGGAAGGAUGCAGCGGGCGAGGGCGCGGCCAGUAUGGAAGCUCUGCCAUCUGAUGACCGGAAGAAACCCUCCGAGCCUCUCAAAAUCCGAAUCAAGAUCCCCUCUAGCCUCUCCCUCAAAUCGUUGCUCCCCCCUCUGCCUUCCCCUCGACCAAGCGUUGAUUCUCCUUUACGCCCGUCGUAUCAGCCGACGUCCCUUCCUCUCCUGUACUUGUACCAGCGAUCACCUCGAUGGCUGUCCCCCCUUCAUCCACCUCACCUGAACCUGAAGUAA